AUGAUCGAGAUCGAAGCGCUCGUCGGCGUGCUUGGCUCAAGUUCGACCCACACAAACGUUCAGGAUCUGCUCGGUCAACUUCACGACUCCCCGGCAACUGUCGAGCCAGACGUCAAAGCGUAUCCCGAUGUCGUCUAUCACAAUUACCACACACUCGGUCUGAGCCUGCAGUAUGAAGCUACUUCACCGAACACGAAUGCUUCCACUUGUUCACCGCAGGAGUUGCGGCUAGCAGCCAUCGACGUCUACUCAGGCCACGACGACAAACGGUGGAGCUGCUUUACGGCCCUUCCUUUGCAGGUCGAUGCUGUCUCGCCCGGGGCUGAGGCAAAUCCGCGCAAAGCCGUGAUCGCGCACGAGUCCACAGGCAAGCAGCUCGUAGCCGACCUCGGCGAGCCACAGCGCAAAGGAGGAGGAGCGAAUGACCGCGCAGGUCCCGCUGUUUGGAUGGAAUGGCACCUUCAACUCAAGCCUUGCCAUUCGUUCAGCAAGGGUCACUUUAAACUGCAGGUCGAGUUGGCAGGUGCUGCAGCUCGCGGCGCAGACCGAUGGAACGCCGAAAAGGCCGGCGCUUGCACAUGGCAGGUCAUCACCAUCAGCUAG